AUGUUUGCUUCAUUCAUCUCUAAAAUUCUCACUUUCUUUACUAUUAUUAUUUGUUUAACCGCGUUAGUCACCUUAGCUGGAUCGGUUCCUGAUUGUCCAUUAACGCAAAAUGUUAAUGAAAAAGAGAAAAAAUUUAUUAUACAAUUUAAUUCAGCAAUUGCUGCAAAGAACUUUUACACAAUUUUAGACCUUUGUAAUAAAAAAAUUAAAACUUAUGUGGAUUUUUCAAAUAUCAAAUCGGAUCUGAAAGAUAAAAGUAUUAUUCUGGAUAUUAGUUUUUGGGAAUUUCAUGCUUGUAUUGGAUACUUUAAACCUAGUGAUGUUGCUAACUUAUUGACUCUUGAUGGUAUUCUUCGCAUCGAAAAUGAUAUUAUGCUUAAAACAACUGCAAAGAUUCCAUCUUGUCUUAGUACAAGACAGAAACCUAACCCCAAUUUGGAUCGUAUUGACCAAGAACACUUUCCAUUGGAUGGCGAAUACACAUGCAUUAAAGUAGAUCAUGAAGAAUUUGAAGGACGAGCAACCUUUGGAACAACUACCUGUAAAGAUUGUCCUGAUACCGACGAUCAUGGCUUGUCUUUAGGUGGUCCCGCUUCACAAUCUUUCAAUGACGCUGUUGAGUCGAUAAUAAAAAUGGGUAUUCAUGUUGUCGUUGCUGCAGGAAAUAAUAAUGAUGAUGCUUGCAAUUACUCUCUUGCAUCAGCCUCUGGCGUUAUAACAGUUGGCGCUACUGAAGAUACUUCGGAUAGUGUAGCCAGUUUCUCAAACAUUGGUCCAUGUGUUGGCAUCUUUGCUCCAGGUCGUAAUAUUCUUUCUGCUGGAAUAAAUAGUGAAACUGCAAUAUAUUCAGGAACUAGUCAAGCAACACCUCAUGGAGCAAUUGCUUUAAUAAUUGAAAAUACUGGAAAUGUAUCUCCAUCUCGAAUGAAACAAAUUAUAGAUGAUUUAGCAACAAAAAAUAUUGUGACCGGUAUUGACUCUUCUACCCCAAAUAAUUUCUUACGAGUUCCAUUUACUUGUAGCAAAUAA